AUGAAUGGAGAACAGAAGCUGGGGGAUAUACGAAUCUCUGUGAAAGAAAAUGAGGUUUGUACGUUUGACAUGUGCGGUUCUGACGCUAAGGGUGUGGAUAACACCUCUGUAAAGCAGAGGAGGGGUUUAGAGAAAGUAUUAGAGCUUUUACGAGUUGUUGUAUUUUUUGGAGACGAAGAAACGUCAUAUUCUGAUGACAGUGAGGCAAAUAUACAGUACUUGGAGAUCGAGGAGUUCUCAGAAACUUAUUUGACGGUUACUAUUGGCGAUAAGUUAGUCCUAAAAGUUGAUAUUGGCAGGUGGGGUUAUAAAGAAAAGGAAAUAUUGAAGGUCGUUUCUCAGAAAUGUGUUGAGUAUGAGCUUAAAGCGGCGAGAUGGAGUAAGCAGCGACAUUUAAAGGACAAGACUGGUUUGAAAAAGACAAAGAGGAAUGGAAACUUUGUUGCAGAUAGGGUUCCAAAGAUUUUUCCUGAAAUAGAGGUUCCGGUGUGUGUUAUUAGGUGGAAUGAAACCGGAAGAUGGGCGCUGGAACUGAAUCUGUCGCUUUGGUUCAAAGAAAAUAGCAUCAAUCACUUUUCUAUGGAGACAGUAAGAUUUCUAGAUACCCUAUAUUCAGUUGCUCGAGAGCCAUUUAUGCGCCAGGAGAUUACCCAUCACUAUAUACAUGGCCAGUUCUUGCACCAGACGACGAGCUACACUAGGAAGAUUUUGAACCAGCCUGCUGAUCUACUAGAGACACCUUGGUUAAAUACAAAGCUACUGCCAUUUCAGAAGCAGUCAGUAAAAUGGAUGAUAGAUAAAGAAACCAAGAUGAAGAGAUACUCUGAUGUUUUGCGGUUCUUAAACGAACGCGUAUCGUAUGGUUACGAAAUGCUUUUGAAUGAAUGGUUCUGGAAUAAAUUCAGUGGCUAUAUUAUUACGAGAGCAGACGCUGAUGCACUUUAUCAAGACUAUCUGAAGAAAGAGGUAAGCGCUCGUGGGCUUUUGUCAGAAGAAAUGGGACUAGGUAAGACUAUUGAGGUGCUAGCGUUGUUAUUGAUAAAUCCACGCCAGAUACCAGAUGCCUCACAGCAAAGCUACUUAUGUCAUUCAUAUGGGAAGGAAAUUUUAAAAGUAAAGACCAACCUUAUAAUAUGUCCUCAGAGUAUUCUACAACAGUGGCUAGAUGAAAUCAAAUUGCACAUAGUAGACGAUUUCUUAACUGUGUAUUAUUAUCGAGGUUUCAUCGAAACCAAGCAGGAAUUGGGGACAGAGAACAUUUCUGAGAUUGUCAAAACACUCUCCAAGUUUGAUAUUAUCAUUACAACUUAUACCACUGUUUCUGCGGAGAUUCAUUACGCAGCGUAUUCCACUUUGGUUAGAUCACGUCGUCAUAAAGCACCCAAGUAUGAUUAUUCCUCACCGCUUUCGUUGAUGCAAUUUUAUAGAAUCAUAUUGGAUGAGGUUCAAAUGCUUGGGAGUGAUAGUACGAACGCCGCACGGUGUACAAACUUGUUACAUAGGGUCCACACUUGGGGAGUGUCUGGAACUCCUAUACAUUCAAUUACGGAUUUUAAGACGGUACUGUCGUAUUUGCAAAUACAUCCUUUUUCUGACUUCCCAAAAUACAUUGAUGCUGUAUCGAAGAACUAUAAAAGGAUUAACAGUCAGAGGAAGCGUUCUCCAAACAAUGUUAGCAUAGAAGAAGACAGGGUUUUUGGAAUUAAGUUCGACGUGCAUGAUAUUUUAGAUAUUGUGCCGAGGUUGGAUUUGUGUAUUAGGCAUGCUAAACACGACAUAAAAGAUCAAAUCCAGAUUCCAAAGCAGCACAACUAUAUUGUGCCUUUAAGGUUUACCCCUAUCGAGCAAGAUAAUUACACAAACCUUUGGAAUACGUUUUUGGAAGCUUUUGGAUUUGAUCAAAAUGGCCAGGGUACAAGGCAUCUUGAAGCAGCAGGUUUGAACCACUGGCUCUCCGAGCUGCGUAAAACAUGCUGUCAUGCAACUAUGUCUAAUAAGCAAUUGCUCUCUGAUGGUAACAUUGGCAGUGGGUUUUCAAAUGCCAAGAAAACGGGCAAGGCUUUGUCCUUACCUAAUAUGGAUGACAUCUUAAGAACCAUGACUGUAAAUGUCCAAAACUCCAUAGAUUCCUUACACAAUGAAAACUAUUCUUUGAAAAUACAAUCAGCGCAAGUACUAAUGGAGUUAGAAAAUAAACCUCGAGAAGCUAUACUUGUAUUAAAGGAAGUGGAGGCUAAAAUCACUGCUGAAAUGAAAAAUCUCGGAGUUGAUGACACAUUCGUAUUACCAGAAAACAAGCGUUUGGUUUCGGAUGAUAAAGAUGCGAACCAAGACGUAUCCAAGGUUAAUACCAAAUUCAGGACAUAUAUGGAUUAUUUACAUCAGUGUUAUUUCUUUAUUGCGACUGCCUAUUACUUUCUUGGCUCAAAAAGAUUGGAGGCUAUUGAUGAGGAAAAUGAGAAACUUAAGCUGACUGGAAAGGAUGAAAAUUUGAAACAGUAUUCUGAUAUCUACGGAGAACAAGAGAUGAAGGAGAUCAUUGAGUACCAAGAAUUGGAAAAAAAUCAUUACUCUAAGGCUGAAACAUUAAGAAAGCGAGUUCUCGCUGUCAGUGCUGAGAAGGUUGAAAGUGAAAUAAACACGCUAAAGAAGUACUUCGAUAAUAAACGAACAAUAGAGAAAUCUGAUAUGCAAAUGAUAGACUUUAUAUUUGAAGAUUACUCUACAAAACUAACUGUUGCCACUUGUUAUAAAAAUAUAAGCGCGCUCUUUAAGGCUAUGAAUGAACAGGCCGCUCAAUUUAACCAACUUUUUAAUGAAUUGAAAUUAACGUCGUUCAAACCAAUUGCGCGUGAAUACGACGAAACUAAUGAAGAAGAUAAAGCCCAAGAGUAUGAAAACUCAAUUAAUGACCAAGAUAAAAUAUUUGGGUUACUAGACUGCUUAGAACGUAUACUGUCGAAUAGGGAUGAAAUAAUUCAUGCAGACGAGACGAUAAAGGCUCACAAAAACUCACUAACCACUGCUGAAGUUCUUUCACCUGUUCAUAUGGAAAUGUUAGGUAACCUAAAAUUAGUGAAUGGAGAACCUCUUCGACGCAUAUUUGCUGAGUUGAAGAAUAUAUCUAUAGUUAUGAAUCUUGCUUCAGAUACUAAGAAGCAGCAAGAAAAUUUUGAAGGUUAUUUAUUGAGUUUUGAACAGCAAAUAGGUCGGAUUAAGAAGGAGAAUGCUUUUAUGCGGGAAAUGCUAAAAAAGAUUAACGCAAUUUACAAUGUGAAGACAAGCUACUUUACCCAGCUUCAAAAAAUAUCUGACUCACUUGUAUCUCUUAUUCAACUUGAACCUGGAGCUAAAGCUACUAUCUUACGGAACACAAAAAAUGAUAACUUAUACUUGAGAAAUGUGAAGAAGAUAUCUGUUCUAGAGUCACGUCUAAAAUAUUUGGGAACAUUGACAAAAUUAGAGGCCGUAAUGCAAAAUGAGCAAAAGAUCAAUUGUGCAAUUUGCUUGGGUAAAAUUGUGAAUGGAUCCAUAAUCAAUUGUGGUCACUUCUUUUGUCAACCUUGCAUAAAAAGCUGGCUGAAAACAAAGCCGUCUUGCCCGCUAUGCAAUUCUCAUGCAAAAUUAUCAGAGGUGUACCAAUUCAAAUUCCAAGAAGAGGAAAGCAUUGAAAUACUAGAAAAGGGGAACGCUCAGAUAGAAAACGCGAAAAGCGAAUUAAAACCAAGUUCCAGUAAUAACCUCAUUCAAUUUGAUGAUCAAUCCAUAUGCUCUAAUUACAGUGAUCCCGUAUAUUGGGGUAAGUAUAAAAUGUACAAGCACAUUGAUAAGAUCCAUCAAAUGGUAGCAAGUGUAAAUUAUGGAUCUAAGGUUGAUUUUGUUAUUAAGUUGAUCAAAUAUCUGCAAUUGCAGCACGAAAAUACCCCAGGGCAAAAAUCCCCACUCCAAUUUGUAAUAUACUCACAAUAUACCGAUUUACUGGAUAUCUUAGGGAGUGUCAUGAAACUUAACUCCAUCAAUUAUGUAUCAACGAACAAGAAGAAUUACAAAUUUUCCAAGGUUGUUGAAAACUUUAAAAAUAAUCCGGACAUAUCUUGUAUUCUGCUAAAUGUUAAACUUCAAGCUAAUGGGUUAACUUUAGUUAAUGCUUCACAUGUGUUCUUACUAGACCCGAUAAUUAAUAUCGGGGAUGAGCUUCAAGCUGUUAAUAGAAUCCACAGAAUAGGACAGAAAAGGGAAACUUGUGUCUGGAAUUUUAUAAUCCUGAAUACUGUCGAAGAGAACAUUAUAAAAUAUAAAUCUACUCUUGAAAGGAAGCGGCUUGAAGAUCAAAAGGAAUCAAUGGGUAUUAAAAAUGAAGAUACAUUACGCUCGGUUAGUGAUGAAGAAGAUUUAACUGACUCUAAUGAAAUUGACGAGAAAUAUAAUUUAAACGAAAUGGGAGACGAAAGUGUAUCUGAAAAACACAUUUGGAGCUGCUUUUUUAGUAGCUAG